AUAUAAGGAGCAUUGAAAUAGUCGUAAGAGCAGAUGAAACAAGCAAGCCAAUGAAGGCAACAAAACACGAAUGACAGCAAGACUUCAGUUUUAAAAAGAUGAGCACCUGGUUCCUCCUUUCUCUGUGUGCGCUAACCUGUUGUUGCGGCCGCAGAAAUGGCGCCCUCUCUUGCCCAGACACGUGCACCUGCCAUUUCUCUUCCAGCGACACCACGGUGGUCUGCAGUGAAGCCUCCCUCUCCCAGUUCCCCUCCGAUGGUCUCCCAGGCAACACCACCUCCUUGUCCAUCCAAUCCACCAACCUCAGCACGAUUACUGCCAACCACUUACAGGCCACGCCCCUUCUGAAAGAGAUCCAACUAUAUUACAACAACCUGAGCACACUUCCUUCACAUCUCCUCAGAGCUGUUCCUCACCUGCACACGUUGGAUCUCACAGGGAACCACCUGCACUUCCUGCCACCAUAUGUCUUCAGCCACGCUCCGCUGCAUAACCUGGUGCUGAAGAACAACCUGAUCAGCGGUGUGGAUGCUGAUUGGCUCCCUGACAACAGUAACCUCACCUGGCUGGACCUGUCAGGGAACCGUUUGACGGCCGUACCCACAGCCCUGUUCCAGAAACUACGCCACCUGAAGAACCUUGACCUCUCCCAUAACCACCUGGAGAAGCUCCUGGCGGGGGCCCUGAAUCCUCUGAGCAGCCUCGAGAGGCUCAACCUGGAGGGGAACCAACUCAGCGCUCUGGACCCAUCCGCCUUUAGGAACACCCCAAACCUGACGCACCUUUUCCUCCAGGAGAACCAACUGGAGAGGCUUCCCCCGACUCUCCUCCAGGGGCUCCAUCGCCUCGAUUUCCUGUUUCUCAACUUCAACCGGCUUGGUCACAUCUCCAACACCCUGCUGGAGCAGCUCUCCUCCCCACGGACAAGCAACCAUCUUUGGGUGGCCUUCAGCCAGAACCCCUGGGUGUGUGAUAAGAAGGUGGAGGACCUGUGGAGGUGGCUGCAGAAGAAUCAGAAGAAAGCUUUCCCGGCCGAUGACAUCAGGUGUGCCAGCCCUGAGUCUCUGAAGGAACGAUCAGUUAUGUCACUAACUGACAGUGAGCUAGGACUCUGAUUUAUUUGAUAUUUUUCACUUAAACAAUAAGACAGUGGGGAGGUGUCUCAGUAUGACCCAGGGGAGUGUUCUUUCUGGAGAAGGUGAAAUGUGCCAGCUCUGGUUGUUAAGGACAAGCGGUUGUGUCUCUGACAAAGAAAGAGCUAGGCCUCAAAACUGACAAAUAAAACAGGCCCACUCUUCAGGUAACAACUGCAAA